UGGAAGUGUAACACCUCCUCUGCUCACCUAGCAAAAAGCGUUUCCAACUCUUCCAUUUUCCCACCAACCCUCCUCUCUAAACUACUUAGUACACAACACAUUUUGUCACCAUCAUGAUCUCUUCAAUGAAGUGCACAGCCUCAUCUCUCACCUCUUCUGCUUUCUCAUGCAGAAACCUUUCCUUUCCAAGGCCUAAACUUCUCACAUUACCCACCAUUCAACACUCUCACUUGUGCUCCCAGAGACCCCUGCAUCUUUCAUCCACUGAGGCCUUUGCAUUGGUGAGAAGAAGGAAUGUGACGGAGUGCCAGGCCUAUGAAGCUGACAGGUCACGCCCACUGGAGAUCAACAUUGACCUGCCCGCUGAAGAGGCAGCCCAGAGGCUCAAGAUUGGGCUCUACUUUGCCACCUGGUGGGCUUUGAAUGUAGUCUUCAACAUUUACAACAAGAAGGUUUUGAAUGCUUUUCCUUACCCCUGGCUCACCUCCACCUUGUCCCUUGCUGCUGGCUCCCUCAUGAUGUUAAUCUCAUGGGCCACCAGGGUUGCUCAUGUCCCUAAAGUUAACUUGGACUUCUGGAAAGCCUUGUUCCCUGUUGCGGUGGCACACACAAUUGGGCAUGUUGCUGCAACUGUGAGCAUGUCCAAGGUUGCUGUUUCAUUCACUCACAUCAUCAAGAGUGGAGAGCCAGCUUUCAGUGUCCUGGUGUCAAGGUUCUUACUUGGAGAGGCAUUCCCAAUGCCGGUUUAUCUAUCACUCUUGCCAAUUAUCGGUGGUUGUGCACUAGCUGCUGUGACUGAGCUCAAUUUCAAUAUGAUUGGCUUUAUGGGGGCUAUGAUAUCAAAUUUGGCAUUUGUCUUCAGGAAUAUAUUCUCAAAGAAAGGGAUGAAGGGGAUGGCUGUUAGUGGAAUGAACUAUUAUGCUUGUCUUUCCAUGAUGUCUCUAUUAAUUCUCACACCCUUUGCCAUUGCUGUGGAGGGCCCCAAGGUUUGGGCUGCAGGCUGGCAAACAGCUGUGUCUCAGAUUGGUCCCAAUUUUGUAUGGUGGGUAGCUGCCCAGAGUGUGUUCUACCACUUGUAUAAUCAAGUCUCUUACAUGUCACUUGAUCAGAUUUCUCCCUUAACAUUUAGCAUUGGGAACACAAUGAAGAGGAUUUCGGUGAUUGUCUCUUCCAUACUUAUCUUUCACACGCCUGUUCAGCCCAUCAAUGCUCUUGGUGCUGCCAUUGCAAUUCUUGGCACCUUCCUUUAUUCACAGGCUAAACAGUAAGGUGGUAAUUUCGAAGGUGUUAUGUAACAAAAGGGAGCAAUGAGUCAUGGCUGGAGCUCAAAGUUGCCACUGAUGAGGACUAUGACGUUAAUUAGCUAGUAUGUUUGUUGUCAAUAGAAAUUCAAGUUGUUUUCCUUGAAGCCAUAGCAGCAGCGUUUGUAAUCAAUCAUGUUUUGAUCUGUAUAAAUGUGCUUGAGAAGAGUGGACUACACUAUGCAGUACUUGCAUCUUGAGGCUGAAAGUAUAUCAAGAUUUUCUUAAAAAAUAAAAAAUAAAACAUUGUAAAAUCAUGUAGAGCAGUAAUUAUUAUUUUGUUGGUUUGGUAUUA